UGCCGCAGAGAGGCUAACCUUUCAGCUGACUUGUUGCUGCUGUGGUCUCAGGACCUCCGUUCAGACGCAGAGCUGCUCUCACAUUUAAAAGAAUCAAACCACAGCUGCACUUCCUAUCUGCUGUCAUUUACCGACACCGCUCUGCUAAAAGCAUGCUGCCAAAGACACAUAAACGCAGAUGGAUUCUUUGCUUUUUCGUUGCUUUCCUUCCAGGUCUCCACCUCCAGAGGAUCGGCGGCUCCACUGUGUUGGACUCUGAGGCUCAGUUCUACAGACCCGUUCUUCAACAGCGAGAGACCGUUCCCACGGCUGGAAGCUACACGCUGCGGGACUUGGCCGGGAGGCCGUGCAUCAAGGCCGUCAUGGGAGCAGAGUACAUUGUGAUCGAAAAUAAGACAAACUGGUAUUUCAACCUUGAUCCGUCCAGGGUUGAGCUGAGAGGUAAAUGCAACAAAGACGAAGCCCUUCUCUCUCUCAUGCUGCCAGAUAAUUCUGCAAGUCUGGAUUUCACCUUCAAAAAGGACAAAGAUUAUUUCUAUGUCACCAAACUGGCUGCCCGGUUGUUCCCUCUGCCUGUUUGCGAAGGAUGUCCCAAUAAGACGUAUUCUGGGUUUCUAUCCAACGAGACGCUCUUCAGGACAGCGAAUGAUCAGAGCUUCAGGUGCACCUCGGAGUCGCUCCUUCAAGUUUCACCUGAGCUGCGGAUCAAGUUGGUUCCUCUGCAGAUGCAGGCCUUUGGUGUUCCCAAUGGGCAGUUUGGCAAAGAGAAUGAGUGCUGGGCGGAUUUCAACCGGAGAGCAGUUCCCAUCAUCAUUGGGUCCGUCGCUGUGGGACUCAUGCUGAGCUUUGUGCUCAGCUUCCUGUUCAUCAGAGAUCGCCAAAGACCAGGAUAUGAAAGACUCUGAUAAUUACCGUACUUUGUUGGUUCACCCUCAGAAAAGCCUGAAUGUAUAAUAAUGUUGUACUUUUUUUACCUCUCUAAAUGUGUGACUUUUAAACUGAAGGUGUACGGUUUAUAUCUUUUUAUUUGCUUUUAUGUUUCUCUCCUUGCGUGAAGCCUUAUAGUUAUCAUUGUGAAUAUUGUGAUAAAUUUAAGUGUUGAGCAUUAAGAUAUUGCCUCAUAUAAAGCAUAUUCUCUCUGAUGAGAGAAGAACAUAUUUAGGAUCGUUAAAAUUAAAACCAAAUUCACUUCUGGAAACUAUUGUAUAGAAAUAAGAAUAUUAAGCAAAACAAUGCAAAGAGAAAUCAAUGUUUACUCUCCCUGUUGGGAACUAGAUCAGACGACGGUAGGCUGCACUGGAGUCUGUAGUUGAAAUAAUUCCCAUAAAACCCUAAGGAGUACACAUUGUGCACUGUGAAGUGAUUUAAAACCGGAAUGAAAGACCUUCAGGGACAUUUAAAAGUACGUCAACUGCAUUUGGGAGCUUUUCUGCAGUAUUUGUGAAAGAAACGACAGUACAGCUGGAUCUGGGUUAGGUUUUUAAUUAAGGUCAUGCUCUCCAGGAGGGGCGGGGUCCGAUCUUCUAACAUGUUUUCUUUCUGGAUUGCCCAGUAUGUAGUUUCGUCCAUCUUCCCAUCAACUCAGACCAUGAGGUCCCAACAGGCCAUGAGGUCGCCACCGCUACGUAACACCGUGGUGUUUGAUUGACUCCACACCCUCAAACUUCUGUAACAUUAUAAUAAUUACACUAUCACAUCAUUCAGGUUAACGAAAGGCUUUUGCCAAUUCUGGAAAGCUAAAAAUAACGGCAGUGGCAUAAUGUAUGAAUGAUUUUUGAGCAUUUACGCCAUAAUUAUUUUCCUAUUUUUACAAUAAAACUAUAAAGAGGUUGAAUUAGUAUUAAGCAGGGGGGCUAGAUGUAGUGCUGGUCACUCUGAACAAAAAUACUCCUGAAAUCAGGAUUUCUUUUCUAAAUUUAAAGGGAUUUAUAAUACAAUCAUUUUGAAAGCACAGAACAGAGGAAACACGGCAUUUAUGCUCCAGCUUUCAGGCAGCUGCCCAACCAAGACUAGAUUUAAUCCACAAUUUAUAAGUAUAUUUGUUUAUUUAUUUUCUGCAUCAUCAAUUGUCUUCUGGUUAUCCAUGACUGAGUACAAGGUCAUGGAGAAACACCUCUGGCGGAUUCUGGGCGAUUUAUGUUAUUAUAUUUAUUUAAGAUGUUAAAAUUUUCUGUACAUGAUUGUGUGUCGAACAGGUCCAGUAGUAUUUUUAACUUUCAACAAUAAAUAAAUAAAUAUA